CUUCAGCCGGGUGAUGUGACGACAAACAUCCCAGCCAUUCGUCGGUGGCGUGCGUUGGGGUAGGCUGCGUGCGCUGGGCGGGGCUCCUCCACGGGUUCAUUGAGCUCCCGUUGUGUCUCUGGAUGGUGUCGUGCUUGUGAAACUUUUGAAAAUCGGUGACUAGAUACAUUUUUCGGUCUGUAUUCGGUCAGACUCGUGAUAGCAGCUGCGCUUCAUUUGCCUUGCACGUACUGGUACAAGACACUUGAACUUCCACAGCUGUGCAACAAAUCAAGAUGCUGCAAAACACCAUGAAUGUGUCAGAAGCUGAGUCUUUCCCCAGUGACAAAUCUCCAAAGGAAAUUCUGACCAACUCUAUGCCUGAAGGAGAUCCAAAUUCCAAUACAGAUAUAACUAAAGAGGAAGAAAGCAAACCAAGAUGGGGUCCAAAUCACAAGGGUGCAAAGGAACUGGCCAAUCUGUACAGUUCAGGGAAGAGACUCCAAGAGAUCAUCUGUUUUUCUCUGGGCAUCAUGCUGAUGGCUGUGAACUUUGUGUUGAUGGUGAAGUAUCUGAGCUGGGAGGCAGUGCCCUCCAUGGUGCUCUGUGCCCUGCUGGGCAUGCUCUCUGCUGACUUCAGCUCAGGCAUUGUCCACUGGGCAGCUGACACCUGGGGCUCCAUUGAUAUGCCCAUUCUGGGAAAGAACUUUUUGCGUCCGUUCCGGGAGCACCACAUUGACCCGACGUCGAUCACGCGCCACGACUUCAUCGAGACGAAUGGCGACAACAUGGCGCUGAUCCUGCUGCCGCUACUGCGGAUGCUGUACCAGCUGAGCACGCUGACCGAGGCACAGAUCCAGGACAGCUACGCCUGGUUCUCCUACGUCUACCUGCUGGCCGUGUUCGUGGCACUCACCAACCAGAUCCACAAGUGGUCGCACACCUACUUCGGUCUGCCGUGGUACGUGACACUUCUCCAGGACUCUCGGGUGAUCCUACCGCGUCGUCACCACCGGAUUCAUCACGUGGCGCCGCACGAUACCUACUACUGCAUCACCACGGGGUGGCUGGACUGGCCUCUGGAGCGACUGGGCUUCUGGGGCCGGCUGGAGGCGACCGUGAGCUGGCUCACGGGCGCCGUGCCCCGUGACGAUGACAUGCGGUGGGCCCAGAAAAGGUCGUGAGGUGACUGAGAGCAUCGGGAGGAGUACCGGGAGUGAUGGAUGCGCGUGGUGGUGCGCCGCGCGUGUUGUGAGCGGGAUAGCUCGCACGGGGGAACGCAAGCCGCUGUGAUCACGGGGAAAGUCGCGUUUUGUGACAAUAUAAACUGACCCUGACGAGGACGCGCCACGAGCCCGACUGUCCUGACGGGGACAUUGACCAAGUCUGACUGAUUUUAGUCCGACCAGUCACCUCAUGACGGUUUACCGUAUGGGGAGACUUUCAAAGCACCUUUAGCAGCUCUAAGUGCAAUGCACCCACCCAACCUGCAUCUGUUCUUGGCUGUCAGCAGACUGCUGAAUUUUUCCAUUUGAGCCGCCGCGCCGAUCCGGAACCGAACCGCCGUCUAGCAGCCGCCGCCUCAAAGUUGGUCGGUUUCAAACUUAGUGAGCUGCCGGCGGGUAAGUUGGCUGCCGCCUCGCGCCGGAGCGUCGAGAGGCAGUUACACGAGUUUGACUUGCUGUCGUUGGCGAGGUAUUUUCGCCCGCUGCGCCCCCAGGGCUGUUUGCGUCCACAAAACGGUCGCGGAUAGAGAUUUAAUGGAAGACGGAAGUCGAGAGACGUAGUUUGGCUGGCGAGGAUCGGUAUAUGGUGGAUGGCUGGCCGUGGACGGCGCGCCAGCGAUGUGGAAAAUCGACCAAAGGUGACGUCUGUGGAUCACAGGGGGCACUCGACAUUCAGUGUACUUUGGAUUAGAUUGGGCAGAUGGUGAACUUUGGACAACCCGAAUCAGCGUGACGUACGCGAAAUGGCGGCACGAUUUGACACCGUGACGAAAUUAACUGAUAUAGGGACUGAUAGCAUCAACUGCGGAUGACUGGCAUUUGCCGAUUGGUGACCAAUGGGUUGACUGUAGACAACAGGCCACUCUGACUUACUGCAAUCGAUCAAUAUCAUGCCACCAAUCAUAAAGGGUAUAUCGCUGACAUGACCGGGAACCGCUGACCGCGUGUUUCCGAACAAAGUUGUUUCGGUGACAAAUCAUCAUCGUUUGUCAUGUCUUAGUAUGACGUCAUAGGCGUCACUGUUAUUACGUCAAUUCAGCGGCCAGCUUGUGCAACACUGGUCGAAAAUGUUUACUUUUGGCGGCUCACUCGUGCUGUACGCUUUGCACUUGUGUCUCUAACUUGUCUCUAACCCGAACGCAUUCGGCUUUUUCUUCACUUUCGCGCCCCAAUUUAUAAAGAAGAUGUGACUAAGCAUGGGGAGAGUAAUGCGAGUAUUGCUAUCAUUUGUACUGUGAAAAGACCAUGCGCUGGCGAUGUGUAGCAUUUAUAGCAUGGGAGUCAAUAUCAAGCACACACGACGUGAGAGGCUACUGUAAUGUACGAUGCCACCGAAGGCUUGCGUUACUUUUGGACUAGUGAUUUUUCCCACCUGAUUGUAGUUUCAAUUGCAUUUUGACAGAGGCUUUUUGCGUUGAUCUGUGGACGUCUAUAGCUAGUUUUGUGGAAUGAGCUCACGCGUGGCGUGUGUAGUGUGACUGUGGACUUGCGACGUUUCGUUUUGCGGCAAAUUGUACCCUUGCUCUGGCAUAGCUCGUGUGAAGGCCCCUGAAGGUCCUCUAUCUCCCAUCGCGCUCCGCUUUCUACCUACAUAUUUGAAACCACCUAGGCAUUCUUUUCAGUCCGAGACUACGUAUCCAUGAUCCAGGACCCGCCGCGCAUGUAAUCCACCACAGACAGUCGCACGCUGACCCAGUAUGUAUUUGACGUACCGUAGAGCCCAUGGGCGUAUGUCCCCACCCCUUACCGUUACCGGCCUUCCCCAUCAGCCCCAGCGUUGACCAAUUCCAGGAAAGGUCUCUGCAGCAUUGCGCAGUGUUCAUGACGGCACGAAUACCGUAUUAUGUGAGUCACAUGGGGUGUUAAUCAGCUGAGCGCCCCCUGACACACGUGUCGUGGGGCCAUUCGCUGUCGGUCACGUGCUUCCCCGACACUCGGUGGCUGACACGACACGGUCGCCCGGUCCGCGACUGGACGCUAUAUCGACCCCGGGAGCCGCCGUGUGUCAUGUUCUGCCACACCGCAAGCGGGGACCACUCUGGGGAUGGGGCGAUUGCGGUGUGAACUGCAGUGCGUCAUGCUCCGCGACCACACCCCCUGCCCGACUCUUGCCGCAAAUGAUGAUGCUGCAGCGAUUGAUAUGUUGUCCUUUUUCCGUUUUCUGUAAGCGCGGAACAGUGAAUGCUGGUAGUAUAUGGUGACGAUGGUAAUUGGAAGAAACCCAUUCACUGCUAUUGUAAUCUGUCUUCGGCGAUGACUUUUGUCUAAACUCCCUCCCUUCCACGACUGAUUUAAUCAAACAGUUGCGUGGCAGUGAUGGCGGCAGCGGUGCGACUGUGACGGUGAAUCGUUUUACGUAAUUCGGUACCGGCACCGUUUGAUGCUCACGGCUCACAUAUAGAAUUCCAACAGUAGCGCUCGCUUGCUUUGUAGGCCGCUUGGUGGUCUUGUGUGGGGUUCUGUGGGUGGGAGUGGCUGUGUUGAGGGACGGUACAAUACCGGCGUGUUGCGUGUUGCAUGAUGUGUUGUGUCUGCAGGCUGUCGCUGUUGCCCUGUGUCUCACUGUCCCUCCUCUUCUCGCUGUGAAUUGUGAUCGACGGCUGAUGUGUGUUGAUGUGGUGUUUGAGGGCGCCGGCCGGGCGGUACCCUGUGAGCGCGCUCUAUAACUGUCACUUCCCUGGUAGUUUCUGGUAGAGAAUGUACCUAUAGCCGUGGGCAGGUGUGCACCUCACCCUAAUGGAUGUGGACUAUCCCUCGAUGCUAGUCGCUCGCGGGUAUCGCGCCUGGCUGCGCCUAUUAGCGUUACCAAUCAGUUCUUCACUAAUCACUGAGUCCAUCCAAUGCGAAUAUUUUUGUAAUCAGUGCGUGCCGCUUUUCACGGUCAGUUGUUUUGGAUUAUGGUGAAAUGCCCGCCGGGUGAAAGAGAAAGCUCUCGGCCCACGGAUUUCAUAAUGUUUAAUAAAUUGUUAUAAAGACGAA